CCAAAACAAUUCAUAGUCAUAGCAUAGGCUCUUUUGAUACACAAGAGAGAUGGAGAAUUAUGCAUGUGAUGCCGAAAAUGGUGAGAAAAAGCUUAGGUUAUUCGGGUUCGAGUUCGAUCCGAGUGCUAACAGCGGGUGCUCCGUGAAAGUUUGUGCCGAAGGAGACGAGAGCGUGAAUUCGUCGAACACAACAGUUAAGGAGAAAAGCUCGGCGACAGUGGAGGCCGACGAUAAGAAAUUCGAGUGCCGGUAUUGUUUCAAGGAAUUCGCAAACUCGCAGGCACUUGGGGGUCAUCAGAAUGCGCACAAGAAAGAGAGGAUGAAGAAGAAAAGGUUGCAGCUUCAAGCCAAGAGAGCCAGCCUCAACUGCUAUCUUCAACCUUUUCAAAACAGUCUCGGUUUCGGCUCUCCGUGGCACUCUGGUACAGCUGCCGAAGAAUGGCAAAUAAGUUUCGGACAAUCGGAGCAUGAUGUGUAUGUUCAUGACUCGAACCCAUCGAAAUGGCCAGCUCAAAUGAUCCCUUUCCAACAAGAUUCAUCCAUGUUCACGUUAAUACAAGCUGAUCAUCACAGAUCUAGGGAAAACAGGCCUGUUUUCAAGCCUUCGUCGAAGCAAAACUGUAAAUCGUUGGAUCUUCAAUUAGGCCUCAGCUUGCAGUCUACGAUACAGAGUUCCUCUGGAAGUGGUAUAUAGCACCAUACACAUAGGGUACGGAGAAGGUACAUAAACGGCGGCAUGCGAGACCGAGGUGUAGCGCCCGUGUGAAAUACGUAUCCAAGACAAGCACGACGUGUAUCCGGUACCGGUAGUUCUGGAUAAGACAUCAAAAAAAGAAUAUACGGUAAAUAUACGUUUGGAGACAAUUGAAACAUGUCUCGACAGGACUCAA